CUCUCCGGUCCUCGGCAUUCGGCAGUUCCGACUUCUGAUCGCACGCCCACGACUCCACGCGCACAAACCGGUCCCCGGCUCGGCUCGGGCCCCGGCGCCGGGGCCAAGAAGAGCGGAAGAACGAUCCGCCCCGCGCGGACAGCCGCAGAACCACCCGCGCGCAGCGGGCAGCCACCCGCGGCGGCGCACCUGCCCCGCGAUCCCCCUAUCUCGCCAUGCCUUUCUCCACGACCACGGCCUCGCCUCUUCUCGCCCUGGGGUCCUCCCGGCCCCGCCCCAACCUCCGCCCCGUGGCCAGCGCAGCGCAAGUAGCGGUAGCAGCAGUAGCCGUACUAGAGGAAGGUUAGGGCGAAUAGAAACCAGGAGAAGGGGGAGGGGGAGGAGGAGGAGGAGGACGGGAUAAAGGGGGUGACGACGGAGGGAGCAGACUGCGAUGCUGCGGCGCGCGGCGAGCAACGCCUACUCGUGGUGGUGGGCGAGCCACAUCCGCACCACGCAGUCCAAAUGGCUCGACAACAACCUCCAAGAGAUGGAAACCAGGGUGAAGGCCAUGAUCAAACUCAUAGAAAUAGACGCUGACACUUUCGCGAAGAAGGCGGAGCUGUACUUCAGGAGCAGGCCUGAGCUGGUAAAUUAUGUUGAGGAGACCUAUAGAUCUUAUCAGGCGCUUGCUGAUCGAUAUGAUCGAGUAUCAGGGGAGCUGCACAAGUCCAAUCACACUAUAGCAACUGCGUUUCCGGAGCAAGUCCAACUCUCACUGCAAAAUGAUGAUGGCGACGGUUUCCCAAAGGGUAUCACAGGGAUCAAUAUCAGUAGAGGAACUAGCCCGGCUCCAAAGCGGACACAGACGCAUAGAAGGAUCAGCUCUCAGAUGAGCAAAGACAAGGCACAAGAAGAGAUUGAGAGGCUGCAGAAGGAAAUCCUGGUGUUUCAGACCGAGAAAGAGUUCUUCAAGAGCUCUUAUGAAUCUUCGCUAAAUAAGUACUUGGACAUUGAAAGACGGGCGACAGAAAUGCAAGAGGAAGUAUGGAGCUUGCAAGAGACUUUUAGUACCAGUGCAGUUAUUGAAGACAAUGAAGCUCGAGCCUUGAUGGCUGCACGGGCCCUUAUUUCCUGUGAAGAUACACUGGUUAACUUGCAAGAUCAGCAAAAGAGAUCAUCUCAAGUGGCAAGAACAGAGUUCAAACGAGUCAUAGAUGCAAAAAAGAAGCUAAGUACUUUCACGAGUGAGUGUGGGCACCCUCAUAAUCAAAAGGAGCUAAGUGAUCAGCAAGAUGUAGUGACCAUCCCUGCAAGUCCAUCUACAGAGGAUAAUGAUCUCAUUUUGCAAAAUGGCAGGCUUGAGCUGCAGGAAAUAUUCCAAAAGGUCAAACGGCAGUUUGAGUCGUGCUCAGAGGCAUCUGUAGUGCAUCUAGCAGGAAAGGUUGAUGAAUUCGUGGAUAAGGUCAUCACCCUAGAAAUUGCAGCUUCAUCACAGAAUGCUCAAAUCAAUAGAAUGAGGACCGAGGCAGAUGAACUGCAUAAGCGCCUGGCUAAUUUGGAGGAAGAGAAGGGAGCUUUAAUUGGCGAUUUCAGUAAGUUAUCUGAGAGGUUGAAGCAAGUUGAGGAGGUGCUGCAAACUAUUCAGCGGAUUGAGAAGUCUGUGCACAGUGAAAAUGGAAACAUUCACAAACAAUUAACUGAAGCAUGCAGCAGUCUUAAUGAUUUUGUGGAAAAGUUGGAUGCUCCUCUGAGCGAAGAAUUAGUAGAUUCAUCCCAAGAGUCUAAAGGAAUUACUUCUGAAGAAGAUGCAGAUAAGCCUGAUACACUCUCUGAGCCAUUUCAAGGUGAUUCAGGAACUGCAAGUAAAUCAAUGGAUGAAGAAUCAUUGGACUCAUUUGAUAUCUCUAAUGAGGCACAGGAAGAAGAGCCAGAUGGCACCUUAGGGUGGCAGCAACUAGUUUUAAAUGGGUUAGAGGGCAAGGAUAAAAUCCUCUUAAAAGAUUAUGCAUCCAUCCUUCGGAACUACAAGGAUACAAAGAAACAGCUUUCAGAAAUUGAGAAGAAAAAUCGAGAAUAUCAUCUUGAGGCAAUGUCAGAGAUGAAGGAGUUAAAGAGUGCCAAUGCAACGAAAGAUGAUGAAAUUCGCUCUCUUAGACGAAUGUUGAGUUCUUUACAGACCAAGUUCAACACUUUUCCACUUCAUUAUGUUGAGAAGUCUGAAGAGUCAUCCGAAGCAAACACCAAUCCUAGUCUUGAAGACAAAGAGAUUGCUGAGAUAGAAGAAUACAUGAAGCAUUGUGAAGAUGAAGAACCACAUGUUUCUUCGUUAGAGGAUAAAUUCAAAGUAGAAAUUAGCAGAGUGUUGGAGGAAAGCUUGGACUUCUGGUUGAGGUUCAGUACAUCGUAUCAUUAUAUGCAGAAAUUCCAAAAAUCAUUCGAUAAAGCGAAAGCUGAAUUGGAUAGACUUACUGAUGCGAAAGCUCAGGAUGGCUUAGAAACCGGCUCUGCUAGUCAGUCUGCUAGAAAACAUGAAUCAGCUGCACUUGAAAAGAAAUUCCGUGACUUGAGUACUGAUCUGCAGGUUUGGUUGGAAAAAAAUGUGCUGUUACAGUGGGAGCUAGAGAGUAGAUUCUCACUGCUGUGCAGCAUACAAGAGGAGAUAUCAAAGAUCACGAUGUUAAAUAGAACCGAUGAAGCUCACUUUACUCCUUUCCAGGCUGCAAAGUUCCAAGGAGAGGUGAGCAAUAUGAAGCAGGAGAAUAACAAGGUCACCAAAGAGCUACAAGCUGGGCUUGACCAUGUAAGGGGCCUCCAAGUGGAGGUUGGGAGGGCUCUUUUGAAGCUCAGAGAGAAUAUUGAACUAUCCAUUGGGAGAAGCAACCGAGCACAACAGAACUUCAGAUCUCUGUCAGUGAAGGCUGGGGUACCACUUAGAACUUUCUUGUUUGGUUCUAAGCCGAAAAGAGCAUCGUUAUUUUCAUGCAUGGGACCUAUAAUGCCGAAGCCGGUUUCUGACAUGAGGCCAGGGCUUUUUAGAUAAGACUGUUUAGACUGUCAGCUACAAUUUUUUUAAUUGUUUGAUAUGAAUGAUAUCUCCUCAAAAAAUAUGUUAGGUUCAAUUGAAUGUUGGGUCUUUGUAGGUUUUAAGAAUGUAAAGGAUCAUGUAAUCAACUUGUUUUUCCUUUUCACUUUCUUUUACUUGUUCAUUGAUGCAUAGUCUGUACCUUACUGCCAAAAUACUAGAAGCAUCUGAAUGCGAUUGUAUACUAUCACA